CGAUCUUUCAAGACCUCUUCCAGUCAAGGAAUCGUGACGGGAUAUGAGCCAGCUUCAUGAUGCGCAUCUACGGUUAGUAACGAUGUUCGAACAGGAUGGCAUUCGUUCCACACAACGUGAGCUACCUAAAGCACCUGGUAGACUCUGACCUCUUCGACUUGGAAUCACUCUCCAGUUAGCAGCAUCGAUUCGUUCCCAAUCUGUUGAGGGUUGUUCAUCUCCGAAGUUGACUCGGUUCAAUGCCGUGGCCUGAAGUAGUAGUGAUCGUCCUGCCGGUCCCUGCAUUUGACCAGCCAAUAGGAGUCCACGGGCAUCUGCGGCGGUAGCAUUUCGAGAUGCAGUUUCAAGCUCCGUCAUCGUCGACAACACCAACUACAACCAUGGCGCUCCGUAUGCCAACCCUACGGAACGCAUUCCGUCAGCCUUUGUCAAACCCACGAUUCUGUCAACGCCGUUGGGCUCAAGUUCAGGAUGUUCGCUUCCUUGCGACUCACGGUACCGAGGAGAGAAUAUUGUCGAAGUACAAGGACAAGCUCGCCUCCAAGGCAAAGAAGGAGGGAGUGAAGGACAUCGCCGAGUUGAAGGAGAAGCACAAAGAGAAGAUUGAGGAACUGAGGAAGGCAGCUGUCGUUCCGGGCGCGACAGGACCUUUGACACCACCACCUUCGCCUUCAUCCUUAUCGAGUGCGUCGCCGUCUGCAUCCACUGCAGCGUCAUCGCCAUGGCCAUCACCGCCUCCCCCACCGCAGCCACGAGACCCUAAUGCGCCACCACCAGGCGUCAAGACGCUUGAGUCCUUCCUCAAUGUCUCCAAGAUCAGCACACUGCCUAACAAAGAGGUCGAGACGCUCUGGAGGCUACGCCACGCUUCGAACCCACAGAGCAUACACUUUGCCGUCCCUGCGAAUAUAUUUUCCUCGCUACUCCAGACCGCCAAGCAACACCCUGCAUUCGUGCUCCCUGUGCCGCGAGAGAUCCCCGUCGAGCACCAAGAAGGCGAACAAGCCACCGGCCAGACACAGCAAGCCGCGGAGCUGCACUACCUCCAGUUCGCUCACCCGCAUAAGGACACAACAACAUUACUGUUUACAUCUCUCGCUGAGUUUAAGCUACGGGGCGAGUUCGCCAGCCCGCACACGACCAUCACAUUUCAUCAAGAGCUGUCGAACAGCCACAACCUGGUCCUCGGCCAAGGACUUGUCAUCGAGAACAGGGGAAUCAGCGUGGAUGAGGCAAGAUGGCUGGUCAUGUGCAUGCAGAAAUUCUACGUGCAGAGCGAGGAAGGUAAGGGGAGAGGAGAGCUACUCAAGCAGUUCACGACUGGUGAUGCAGGAUUCCAGGUCGAGAGGCUCAUUGAUGAGGCCGAGAAGGCCUUGUAGAAGGCCUAUCCUCCCAGCAAGGUGUACGACCAUUGUAUGAUACGACUUGUGCAUAUAGAAAGCACAGUAGACUUGCUCAGAAUAAAGCUAACCCAUGUGUCUUUGACACAAUCUACUUGAUUCAGACACGUUCCCCGUCUCCUCUUCGUACUACAACCUAGAGAAUCGACACACAAAACGAUACAAGCACGAUCGCAAAGUGUCAAAGACUCUGGUCUUCCGAAUAACGCGUACUUAUCACGUACCUUCUGCAAUGCGAGAACGCUGCGUGCCUGUAGGUAAAGCAUUUGUUAAGUGCUCUUAAAAAAGCUGUA